UUCACUUAUUUAAACGAGAGAACACCCAACGAACCAUCGUUCAUCACGCUCAUGGAUUUGGGAGGAAAGAUGGUGAUCGGCAGUUCAAAGAAAGUGGUGGCGGACCAGAUAGAGGAGGUGAGAAGGAUAUGUGCACUGGUGGUGGACGACGACCCUCUCGUUCGGAGAAUUCAUGGGAUGCUCUUAGCCAGAUACGGACUGGAAACUGAAGCAGCAGAAAACGGCAAAGAAGCCGUCGACCUCUUCCUCUCCGGAAAAACUUUUGAUCUCGUGCUUAUGGACAUGGAGAUGCCCGUCAUGGAUGGGCUGCAGGCAACGCAGCGGCUUCGUGGUAUGGGGGUGAGCAGCAUGAUAGUAGGGGUAACUGCUAGGGGACUGGAAGCUGAGAAGGAGGCGUUCAUGGCGACUGGGUUGGAUGCUUGCUGGGUUAAACCUUUGAAUGCGGAAGCAAUCAUCUCUGUGCUGGAUGAGCUUGCCAAGAAAUUGCUCUAGAACUUCCCAACUUUUAUGACUUGUCUGAGUAAUUAUAUAUGGUUUCAAUUUCGUCGUCCAAAAUUGAAUAAAUAAAUGAAUCAAUAAAAAUAAUGAACUUUUUUGUCUAUUU